CAUUGCAUGAUGUCAAACGCUGUCAAACGCAGCCUGCACGCCAUGAAAACGAUGCAACGUGUGCCGUAAAAAAGGGCUACCCAUGGAGGGCAGCCUCCCACGCCCCGCGCGAAGCAGGCCCUUGGAGCAGCCCACAGCACCACCAGCAAGGCGCCGCGACGACGCGAGGCGCCUCCCGCUCGUGCUCUCCCUUCUAGCCGCUCUGGCUAUUACCUUCGUGCUCACAGAAAACAGAAGAAUAGAAAGGAGCCACUUCGAAGAGAGGACGCGCCGCGGCACUGACGACCUCCGGGAAAGGCGCAUCCCGCCCGUCAUCUGGCAGACCUGGCGCAGUCGGCCCGACCCGGCGACGCCGCUGGGACGCCAGGUGCGAUUACUGAAAGCAAGGAACCCGUCUCAUCAGUACCAUUUCGUCGACGACCAAGCGCAAGCCGCCUUCAUGCGCACGAAUUUCACUGGAGAAGUGGCGGAGGCCUACUUCUCGAUAGAUCCGGAGAACGGGGCCGCGCGCGCGGAUUUAUGGAGGUACUGUGUCUUGUGGAAGUUCGGGGGAUGGUACGUGGAUUUGGACGUUGGCUGUAGGACACCUCUCCAGGACUUACAUUCGGCAAAGGACGAGCUGGCCUUCGCCUACGAGCGUUCCGCACUGCCGAAGGCCGUGCCUCGGUCACUGGGAUGUGUGGCACCACACGCGUUCGACGCGAACGUGUCGCGACUACUUAUGUCAAAAAGCUUCUUCCGCCGGCGUUGUAUAGCGCAGAACAUUUUGGGGGCGGCGCCGGGGUCUUUACCUUUGAAAGCGGCCAUCGACCGCGUCGUAUCGUCGUUGCGAGAAAUGAAAAGUGCCCGAGAGGCCUCCUGUCUGCAAGAAUAUACGCCCUCGAAGCGUGACCUCGCCAAGAAUCAUAGUUGGACGUGGUUACGGACCAUCUGGCUGACCGGUCCUUUCGCUUUGACGGUCGCGCUGCGCGACUACGUCGCGCGGCACCCCUCCUCAUCUUUGAUGAUGGGCACCUUCGACGCCCACGGGACGGGCUGCCUCUCGUCCAAGCGAGUGAACGCGGCGAUGGCGUCGGAGCGGCCGAAAUACGGCAGCCUGGGGCGCGACCGGCCCUUCGUCGUUUCGUCGUCCUAGUUGUGUGGUAAGACCUGUGUCGUG